GACGGCAAUGGCCGCCCACCCCUACGCGCCGGCGGAGCUCGACCUCCCGGGCUACGUGCCGCUGCGCCUCUCCCAGCUCGAGAUCCUAGCGGGCUACCUCGGCACCUCCGUCUUCGUCCUGCUCGCCGUCUGGCUCGUCUCCGGAAGGUGCCGCCGACUAUCCAAGGCCGACCGCCUGCUCAUGUGCUGGUGGGCGUUCACCGGCCUGACCCACAUCCUCAUCGAGGGGCCAUUCGUCUUCACCCCGGAUUUCUUCUCCAAGACCAACCCCAAUUACUUCGAUGAAGUCUGGAAGGAGUACAGCAAAGGCGACUCCAGAUACGUCGCCAGGGACACCGCCACCGUCACGGUCGAAGGGAUCACGGCUGUGCUCGAAGGCCCCGCUUCGCUGCUUGCAGUCUAUGCAAUUGGAUCGGGGAAGUCCUAUAGCCAUAUCCUCCAGUUCACUGUAUGUCUGGGCCAGCUGUACGGAUGCUUGGUCUACUUCAUCACCGCCUACCUGGAUGGCUUCAACUUCUGGGUCAGUCCAUUCUACUUCUGGGCAUAUUUCAUCGGCGCAAACAGUUCAUGGGUUGUGAUACCAACGCUGAUCGCCGCAAGGAGUUGGAAGAGGAUCUGCGCAGCAAUCCAUCAAAGCGAAAAGGUCAAGACCAAGUAAUGCCUUCC